AUGCGUCAAAAACCAAAAACAAUAGAAAGCGAACGCCCGAAACAAUUAGUUAUUAUAAUAAGACUAAAUUUGGCGUUGACUUGGUUGACCAAAUGCCGUGAAAAUACAGCCUCAAAUCCAAAUGCAACAGAUGGCUUGGUACACAUAUCAAGACAGCGUUUCCUGUUACAGCAGAUGAACUAGUCAUAGAGUAUCACGAAUUUCUUGAAGAAGGAAAGGAAUCUAACUUACAACAAGGAACUUAA